AUGAUUACUGCGAUUCGUUCACUCGCUGGUCGACUCAACAGAGCACGCACAGGGAACAACAAAGCUGGGCCUGCAGAGGUCAUCCGGAAUUUGAACGAGAUCUACUGCCUCAUCGAGAAUUAUGAAAGCGCCCAUCUUGACGCGGAUUCCCUGAGCGCAAUGAGGAUAAAUUGUGAAGACUUGAUUCUGGCAAGCGAUGGAAGCUACGUGAACUCAGGCCAUCCAGUCUUCUUCCAACCUCUGCCACUCGCUCGACUUCCUCCCCCGCAUCCCAACGAUACUCUUACUCAGAGGGAACUGGCGGUGUGGACUCGAUGCUUUGACGGGGUCUCUCUGUACGAAAGAACCCCCAGAGACAGCGCGGAGUUUCUAUCUGCAGUGAUGCAGUGGCACUUUACGGCCUUUCGGCGUGAUGUCCCCGGUACCAAGCGCUUAAGACCUAGCUUGAUGGAAAUGACUCGGUGGUUCCCGGUUGACUUUUACCCGUAUAUCUUCAAGGAUGAGUUCACUGAAUUGAUCUUCAAUUCCUUGAUAUGGGCGCCCGGGGACGCCUGGACGACAGGAUCGGGCCUAUCCCACGCCAUGUUCACGCUUGUCAUAGGCCAGGAGCCGGAUGAGAGGCUGCUGCGAGCGGAGGCAUUAGCGAUUAUAGCGGCGAUAAUUACGAGGCUAAGCGACCCAGCAUACAAGAGGCAAUGCGUUGUCCCUGUCAUGGUCUUCUCGCUACUUGGUGACAGAAAAGCCAGAAUUCUACAAGCUUACAAUAACUCAGAAGGGAUUAUGAUCCGGAAGAGCAGCACCUAUAGUUUUUCUUCCCCUGUAGAAGCCAAGAGAAACGUGGAUCUUUUUAUGCAGUUCAUGGCUAGCGAGCCAGUUGGCGACACCUUUCAUCUGCAGUCUUCCUCCGGAAUUAUUGACAACAUUGCGCAGCCAAACUCAUCACCGACGAGCCUAGAGCCCAGCGGUAUCGCGGCGUCAGAUGAAUAUAGUGCAGAUCAAGUACCAUCAGCCAGACGGCCUCUAUCGCAUUUCGAGAAUGUGAAAUGGGGAAAGAUGUUGAGCUCAAUCGGCAGCCGCGCACAAUUAAUCUUUGCAGGGCGUGCUAAUCGUCAGGCUGCGGCAUCCACUGAACUUCCUCAUAUACCUCCCUUUGCCUUUGAAGUCUCUCCAGAGACUCCUUUUCUCGAAAUGGGACUCAUUUGCAGUGGUGAAAGAUAG